AUGAGUGCUUUGAGAUACAAAAUAAAGAAUUGUGUGCAGUAUUACCCAGUGAGGAGUAAAUUAUGGAAAGAAAUACAGUACAAACGAAUGAAGCUCGGUGAAUGGCCACCUCCCAAUUCAUCACCUUUACACCCAAUUGAGCCUUGGGGAAAGCAGCUGUUUGUUUUCAAUACUACUUUGAAUGGAAAUAACGAAACCCUCUUGUGUGUAACUGACCAUACCCGUAAACCCUUAAUAUAUUUCUAUAAGGAGGACUUUCAAGCUCUAAAAUUGUAUAUUGAGAAGAUUAAAGAAGAGUUGGAACGACUAGAAUCAACUGCUAAACCCGACGACGAUAAGUAUGCCGAUUCUCUGGCAUACACUCUCAACAAAAGUUAUACAAUGCAGAGGAUGAAAACUGGUCGACAUUCAUCACAUACAAUCAUGCGAAGUGUACAAAGAAUUAAAAAAUAAUUUUAUCAACUAAAU